AUGGCGAAGCUCAAUCAUGGUAGCAGGGACAGAACUGAUAGCAUGGCAAACAUGAUGGUAGCAUUGAACAUAUUCUAUUCACCUAUUAUCUUCCAAGGCCCCAUGUUUGGGGUACUGCUCACUAUAGGCAUCAGCCUUAGAGUCAUGGCCAUCCACCUCCAUGCACUAGAGCAACUUCUGAAGGAGUGCGGCAAGGACGCCAUCCACAGGUACCUCUACCAUAUCAGUGCAAAAUGCAGAAAGGAUCCUCUAUCCAUCAAGGGCACGAACAUGAUCAAGUACACCGCUGAGUUGGUGGAUUCUGAAUCCCAGCAGGACUACUUGCAUGGUGCAAGGAGACUGAGUGCCUUUAUUAAUUAA